CUACUGGCAACCUGUACGAUCCUGUCAUUCGUGCUUUGUAAGGAAUAAGGUUAAUAUCGUAGGAGUCAGUCCGCUUUCACUGUCGUCACUCCUUUUGCAUUGAAGCCCAUCAACGAUGGGGUCUUCAACUUGGCAGUGAUGGGAGGAAGUGUGUUGCUUUUGCAAUGGAGUGAGGAUCCGACGAUUGAGGCCUAUUCGCCGAGUACUUGUACUUCUUUUCCUCUGCUGAAUCUACUACCAUAGCUGUUGUGGACUGUUGCCAUUGCAGUUCAUUGUCUGCUGCAAAAGAAACAAGCUAGCUAGUAGCCAAACUGAGGAGUUUUUCUUCCUUCAGUUAUUGUAGAUUCAUCCUGCCGUACUUUAUCUUAGUCGCCAUCAUCAUGCUUCGAUUGGCACAAGCAGUGGCCUUCCUUUGGUCAUUGAGUACAGCCUCCUCGUUUGGUGUGCCCAAACACUCCCCUGUGGCUUUCACUACAACCCUACCACAACAGCACCAACAGCUGCCACUGGGUGUCCGAGGAGGUGACUCUGUCCACAAAUCAACCACCUUGUCCGCUUCUGUGACAUCCUCCGAUGUCGUGGCCGAAGAAAACCUGCAAGUCCUAUCGGAACGAGGACGAAGAUCCGUAGUGAAUCUGGUAGAGAAUGAUACAGAUGGGGCGCAGGCACACGUCUACGGUGGUUGGCCAGCAGCUGGUAGUGAAGAUGAAGGCAAGAAACAGUUGGCAGAACAGCUGGCUGAUUUGGAUGAAUCUUAUCCAGGUGGCCUGGCGGCGUAUCUUUCCAAAGCCAAAUUGCUAUUGAAAGAAAGUGCCGAUGCAGUCAACCCAUUUGAGGAAUACGAAGCCCUUGUUCCCGAGGGAGAAUCACUUAGUUUCGACGGUGAGGGUACCAUGCCCUUUGCAGAAGCAGAGCAAAAGGGUAUCGAAGCCAUGGCUGGAGCUACAUUUGUGUUGGUGGCUGGAGGAUUGGGUGAACGUCUGGGCUAUUCUGGAAUCAAACUGAGUUUGGAAACCAAUCUUUGCACCAAUACAAACUACCUAGAGUUGUACGUUCGAUACAUUCAGGCCAUGGAAUACCUUGCCAGACAAAAAACGGGACGUGACGAUAUUCGCAUUCCUCUCGUCAUCAUGACAUCGGGAGAUACCGAUCCUUUGACUCGUCAACUAUUGAAAGACAACAACAAUUAUGGCAGAGAUGACGAUCUCAUCACAAUCGUGACACAGGAUAAGGUGGCCGCCCUCAAGGAUGGCAGUGCGGGAUUGGCUUUAGAAGGCGAUGACAGGUGGUCCAUUCAAACCAAGCCACAUGGACAUGGAGAUGUUCACCAUCUCUUGUUCCGGGAAGGAUUGGUGGACAAGUGGGAAAAGGAAGGAAAAUCUCACGUUGUAUUCCUCCAAGAUACCAAUGCUCUUGUCAUCAACUCGGUCAUUCCUACCUUGGGUGUGAGUGUCGCCAAAGGAUUCCACAUGAACAGUAUUUGCAUCCCCCGUUUGGCAGGCGAAGCUGCUGGAGCCAUCACACGCCUCGAACACAAGAGUGACCCCAACAAGAGUCUGGUGAUUAACGUAGAAUACAAUCAGCUUGACCCACUCCUGCGUUCUCAGGGAGACAAGAAGGGUGAUGUGCCAGACCCCAACACUGGAUAUUCUCCCUUUCCAGGAAAUGCAAACAAUCUGGUGCUAGAACUUGGAGCCUACGCCAAGACGCUGCGUGGCGAAGACCAAGGUGUGGUGCUGGAGUUUGUCAACCCCAAGUACAAAGACGACACAAGGACCGAAUUCAAGAAACCCACUCGCCUGGAAUGCAUGAUGCAAGACAUCCCCAAAUUGUUUCAAAAGGAAAUGGGACAAGAAGCCAACAUUGGUUUCACUAUGUUUGAUCGAUGGUUCACUUUCUCGCCCGCCAAGAAUGCAUUGGAGGCUGGAGUAGAGGCAGUCGACAAUGGCAACUCUGCUCCUGGAACCAUGUCAUCCGCAGAAUCCGACAAAUACGUACAAAACCAACGGAAACUUAAAUUCGCCAGCGCGGACGUGAAAGUGAACGAGGACCCCGCUACCGAGCUCGUAAAGGUCGGCGGCAUCCCUGUUACACCAGGUCCCCGUAUCAUGCUGUGUCCUGCCUUUGCAAUCACCCAGGAAGAGAUCCUGGCCAAGGUAGGCGGUGCCGAAAAGUGUACAAUCAGUGAACGAUCCUCUGUCGUCCUGGAAGGGCACAACUUGAACAUUAAGAACCUGGAGGUUGACGGCGCCUUGGUGAUUCGAUGCGGUGACGACACCCAUGUCACUGUGGAUGGACUCAAAGUUGAAAACAAGGGAUGGGAACUGGCGGAACUGGAUCCCAGCAAGGAGUACGAGGAGACCGUUUCUAUCCGUGGGUACACAAUGAGCAAACACGAGACCGCAGAGUAUGUGUUGACUGAGCCCGGAAACUAUGUUAUUGGUGCCGAUGGAGAGGCGAAGAAAGUUUAAUACAUAUAUAGACCGCUAUACAAACAAGCU